AUGAAAUCACUGACUCUAAUCUUGGGCCUUUGGGCUCUUGCAGCGUGUUUCACACCUGGUGAGAGUCAAAGAGGCCUCGGGGGACCAUAUCCACCUGAACCACUGUCUCCUUCUCCUCCUCCAUCACCUUUUCCGUUUGGACCAGGAUUUGUUCCACCACCCCAUCCUCCACCCUAUGGUCCAUGGAGAAUUCCACCACCCCCUCCUCUACUCUAUGGUCCAGGGAGAAUUCCACCACCUCCUUCUCUACCCUAUGGUCCAGGGAGAUUUCCACCAUCUCCUCCUCUACCCUAUGGUCCAGGGAGAUUUCCACCACGCCUUUCUCCACCCUAUGGUCCAGGGAGAAUUCAACCACUCUCUCUUCCUUCCCCUUAUGGCCCAGGUUAUCCACAGCCACCUUCCCAACCAAGACCCUAUCCACCUGGACCUCCAUUUUCCCCUGUAAUUUCUCCAACUGAUCCUGACCUCCCUAAUCCUGCACCCUAAAUACAGACAACUGCAACAGGUGCCACCACCACUGCAAAAGACACCACUACCCUCAUAACCACUGCUUCUACUCUCCAAAAAUAAGAAUUUCAACACUACUUCCAAGAGACUUUUAGAUAAAAUGGCUUUCAUUUUUGAAUGAGAAUAAACAUUUCCAAAGCAUUGUGUUUUGGGAGAAAUAUCUUAGAAAUUGUGAAACAAUCCCCAUGAACCUUUAUAUCAGUAGGGAAAAAUAAAGAAUUGAGCAACAAUAUGAAGUAUCCACUGUUACCAGAGCCACUAGUUUAUCCCCCAUUUAUGUCACCUAAAUGAAUAUUAGUGCUACCAGAGCCUGGCCAUGUCCCAUGAGGCCAAAAAAGUAAAUUAAGGAAAAAUGCAAUAAGACACUUGGACUUGAAGCUUAGAGUUACGAAGUUAGAAGAGUAGGCAACAGGAUGCUCUCUUCAGUAUGGCAACCCGUCAUACAAUUACAAAGCCCAAAAUAAGAUGUUAAUAGAUACUAAAAUGAAAGAAUCUUAGCCGUCACCAUAGCUCGCCCUAUAAAAAUUCCUGAGUACCAUCUGAUCACUGCUUAUAAAUAGUUGCAGAGA